GAUACCCUCCACACUCCUCCUGCUCCCACUCCCACAGACACGGACCUCACUGAGAUGAUGCCAGGUCCCAUUGAGCACUCAGCAACUUCUCCGCUCCUGAUAGUACAUAGGUGUGACGGAGGGUGUGCGGGAGCAGAUGCAGGGGGGAUGUGCGAUGCCUGCUGAGGGGCUGCCCGCUGCCUUUCUAUAGGGAGUGUGUACAGCACAGGGAGCUGGCAGCCCGCACUCUGACUUCUCCGUACUGCCAGGGAGUGUGAGGAGCCGGCAUGCGGGGUGCUGGAGACCACCCCCGGGCUGUCUGUCACCCGGCUCGGAUCUUACACUAACAGCUGCGAGAUAAUAAUAAGACAGAGCUGGGGAGCGUAGCGGGGACCAGGGAGGAGACCCGGGGACUGGAUGCUGCGGCAGCCCCUCACUGUGCCUGUUAUCCACACUAAAGAGCACACAAGAGAUGUAACAGCCCAAGAACCAGGAGAAUCACUGAGAACAUGGGAUUUUGGAGUGAUGGCUUUGUUGUAGUUUCUGAAUGAAGGGGGAAAGUCAAACCCUCCAAAGCAGAAAUAAGAAAGGAAAGAUCCACUGGAAUACUCCUCUGCCAUGGACAGAGCACAGGUCCUGCUCAUGGACCUCAGAGAUGUGCUGACGACGAUUAGGAUGAAGGCCAAAUAUGCUCUCUUCUUGGCCUUUGUGGUGGUCCUGGUCAUCAUUGAGAAGGAAAACAAGAUCAUCUCAAAAGUUUCGGACAAACUCAACCUGAAGCAGAUGCAACAUAACAUAUUUGAGAUCAACAGCACGGAUUCCAAUAUUGUAUACUCAGAGAAUGGGUCCUUGCUGUCCCUUAGUGAGCUUGACUCUGCCUUCUCUCAAUUUAGAAAACAAUUGGUGAAUGUUACUCUACAAUUUGGAGGAAGUAAACCAUUUCUUGUAGACCUUCCAAAAACUCCUCGUAGACAUAUACUGCUGAUGGCCACUACACGCACAGGCUCAUCUUUUGUGGGCGAGUUCUUUAACCAGCAAGGAAAUAUCUUUUAUUUGUUUGAACCCCUUUGGCACAUUGAAAGAAUGGUGUCAUUUGAAUCUAUUGGGGCCAAUGCAGUUGGUUCAGCAAUUGUUUACAGAGAUGUUCUUCAGCAACUUCUACUUUGUGACCUUCACAUCUUGGAACACUUUAUUUCUCCACCUCCUGAAAAUCACCUGACCAGGUUCAUGUUCCGUAGGGGCUCCAGCAAGUCCUUAUGUGAAGACCCAGUGUGCACACCAUUUGUGAAAAAAGCAUUUGAGAAGUACCACUGUAAGAAUCGCCGGUGUGGUCCUCUUAACAUGACCCUGGCAAUGGAGGCAUGUUCGAAAAAAGAGCAUGUAGCUGUUAAAGCAGUACGUAUCAGACAGUUGGAGUUCCUUCGUACGCUAGUAGAAGACCCACGUCUUGACAUGAGAAUCAUACAGCUAGUGCGUGACCCACGAGCUGUUCUUGCUUCUCGCAUGGUAGCAUUCUCUGGAAAAUAUGAAUCCUGGAAAAAAUGGGCUUUGGAGGGAGCAGCACCCAUACAUGAAGAUGAGGUACAAAAAUUGAGAGGUAACUGUGAGAGCAUCCGUAUGUCUGCAGAGUUGGGCUUGAAACAACCAGAUUGGCUUCGAGGACGUUACAUGCUGAUACGAUAUGAAGACAUUGCUAGAUUCCCACUUCAAAAGGCCAAAGAAAUGUACAGGUUUGCUGGGAUCACCCUUACACCACACGUAGAGGAAUGGAUUACCAAGAACACUCAAGCUUCCCAAGAAAAUAAUGGCAUUUACUCGACACAAAAGAACUCCUCAGAACAAUUUGAGAAGUGGCGUUUCAGCAUACCUUUCAAAUUAGCCCAGGUAGUUCAGGAUGUCUGUGAACCAGCCAUGAAGCUUUUUGGCUACAAGUUGGCAAGUGACAUAGAGACACUUACAAAUCGAUCCAUCAGUUUGCUAGAAGAAAGAGUUAAUUUUUGGGUGACGUAGUGUUCUGCUAUUUAUAUUAUUUAUGUUUUUUUUGGGAAAACUGCCAUUAAACUUAGUGCUUUAAACAAAAGAGGCAGAUAGGAGGGGGCCGUUUUGCACCUGCUGAGCCGCAUUGCCCCGUCAUUAAAGCCUGUGUGCAUUUGUCAGUGAAUUGCUUCCUAAAUUAGGAAGUUUUUCUUUCUUAAUGCCAUGUCAAGGAAGAUGGUGAAGGCUGAUUAAAGUGGAUGAUGCCUGCUGAUGUACAGAAACUUGCCUACUUAGCCAGGCACUAAUGAAAUCCUUGCCUGGAAAAAGCCAGAGUCUUUUACUCCCCACAGCACAGGCUGCUUUCUGAAGCUGAUUAAGGAUUUUCUGCACUAAAACAAUACACCCAAAGAGUUCUAGGACUCUGCAAACAUACGUAGCAAAUCAGUUAUGAAGUUAAAUGCCUGUAGCAUCUAAGCUUUACCAUUUUUUAGAUGCAAACAGCCUUUAGAAUUGCCAUUUCCUUAUAAAAAUAGAUUUAGAAUUGUAAUAGAUUCUUAUAUACAAAAACAGCUGUCUUAAUUGGAAAAUAUUAGAACAGAACAGACGUUUUCUGUAGGGCAGUCUGGAUGUGGGAUAUACAUUUGAAUGCAGUGCAUUUGAUAGAGAAACAGCUUGUGCACUCUGAGCUUUGCUGCACAUGAAAACUACACAAAUGAGUUGAAUAUCCCCCAGCCUAAGCACUGAAUCUUUUUUCAGUUUCACACUCUACUUGUCAGCUUUUUAAUGUGUCCUGUUCCUACAAUACUUCAACACAAAUACUGAGCUGAGGUUCAGUAAGUGACAAUGAAUACUUUAAACCAGCAGAAGUCAAUCUCUACCUUUCUUUGUGUUUCCAUGGCUGUGAGCUGUCACUCCCUAUAUCCCACUCUGGUUUGUUCUAACACUCCAGACAAUGGGGGUCAUUCCGACCUGAUCGCACGCUAGUAUUUUUCGCUUCGCUGCGAUCAGGUCAGAACUGCGCAUGCGUAUGCACCGCAAUGCGCAGGCGCGUCGUACGGGUACAAAGCGGAUCGUUGCUGAGCAAUGGAUUUUACGAAGACUCCAUUCGCACAGCCGAUCGCAAGGAGAUUGACAGGAAGAGGGCGUUUGUGGAUGUCAACUGACUGUUUUCUGGGAGUGGUUGGAAAAACAGGCGCAUCGAAGCGUUUGCAGGGCGGGUGUCUGACGUCAAUUUCUCAGCGCUGCAAAAAAUAGCUAGCAAGCGAUCAACUUGGAAUGACCCCCUCUGUAUGCAGACUUCUCACCUGGUUCAGUGAGGUCUGUAAUGAGAUAAAGAAUGCUUAUCAGUAGGGCUGCUUAGAGCACAGAGGUGUAAUAGAGGGCAGCUGGACUUGUCCAAACUUUUAUAAUUAGUUCAAGCAUUAGAGGCAGUAUGAGCAGCUUUUUGUUAGCCAGGUUUAGGUUUUAUCACUGGUGAACAACAGGUAUACAAUAGAGUAGCCCAACUCACAGAGCAGCCAGUACUACGCAGGCCCUGGGAACAGAUUCUGGAAAGGAUCCAUAAUCAGAAACUAUUUUACUUUCUACUUAAUAUUAAUACUUUCCCUGUGUGUGAUAUGUUGCCCCAUGUACCCCUCAUAACUACACCAGUGAUUAUUAUCUAAUAGCAUACUUGCCUACCUGACCCUCUCCAUGAGGGAGAAAAUG